CCUGUGCCCACGGCCACAGGGUUGUAGGGGUGAACCACAGAGGGGGCGCAGCAAUGGGAUUAAGAACUCUUGGGGGAUGUUUGUCCACAGCCUCCACCACCAACACCUCAUCCUCCAACAGCACUGUGUCAGACUGCCGUACGGGCUUGCUCAGACCCCUGCGAUGUGCCUCCUGCUCCGGGGAGGCUGGUGCCUUUGAGAGUCCUGCUGCAUUCCGCAAAAAACUGGUGGGGGGAUGCCUGCCCUGUACCCCACUAUCCUCCUCAGCCCCGCUGCGAGCCUUACAGAGUUGUGUGAGUGGCUGCAACCCAAAAGCCAGUCAGGCCGGCAGCUCUACCUGCAGCUAUUGUAGCAGCGACCCCAUAGUUGUGACCUUCAACCCACGUCGGGGCGGCAAGCCCCCCGGGAUGGGCAGUGGUGUAGGGGCAAGGCACCCCAUGGGAGUAUUCCCCGCCGAUGAUGAUGAUUACAGCGUGCGCACAAUCUGGCCCGAGGAGCUUGGAAAAAAGAUGACCAGGUCUAAAACCCAACAGAACCACCAGAGCUGUGCCGGGAUGGGGAUAGGAGUGGGGAAGACAUGUGUGGGUCAGAACCAGAACAGCACCAACGGAACCAGCCCUGUCAUCCUGGACUGUAGGAACCUGUUGGAGUUCACCCGGAAUCAGAUAACAGACCACGCUGGCCGAUGCCGGCUUCAGCAGGGCAAGAUGGCCGUCCUAGAUUUUAUUGGGUCUGGGCCUGGGCGAGAUCCAGACCGGGACUCCCUAAAGAGGCUCUGGAACAAAGGUGGGGAGUCAGGAAAGGUGGAUGGCAUGGGGCAGGAAGACAAUAUGACAUACCCUCGCACCCCUUCCCCCCGCACCCCCUCUACCCAAUCCCCUCCUUCCUUCUCACCCCCACCGUCAGCUCCCAGCACUCUCCUCAAACCCAAACCCAGACAGAGAGAUGCAGAGGGACGCCAUUCCCUCCCCUCCGCCCAGUCCCUCCACCUGGUCCUAAACUCACUCAACAGAGAGCAGGACGAAGAGAGCGGCAGAGUGCACCUCACUCUGCCGCUCUCCUCCUCGCUCCCGGCCUCCCUGUCAGAUGAGAGUGGGAUGACCCCUGAUGUGGAGAAUGCGGUGGUCAGCCCCAUCCUACCCUUCCUCUUCCUGGGCAACGAGAGGGACGCCCAGGACCUGGACCUGCUGCUGCGCCUCAACAUCGGCUACGUGGUCAACGUCACCACACACCUGCCCCUCUACCACCUCGGCUCUGGCCUGGUGCGCUACAAACGGCUGCCGGCUACCGACAACAGCAAGCAGAACCUACGACAGUACUUUGAGGAGGUCUUUGAGUUCAUCGAGGAGGCUCACCAGAGUGGGCGAGGAGUGUUGAUUCAUUGUCAAGCGGGCGUGUCCCGCUCGGCAACCAUCGUCAUCGCCUACCUGAUGAAGCACACCCUUAUGACCAUGACUGAUGCCUACAAGUAUGUGCGAGGCCGUCGUCCUGUGGUGUCUCCCAACCUCAACUUCAUGGGUCAGCUACUGGAGUUUGAGAGGGACCUCAACUCCGGUGUCACUCCUCGCAUCCUGACCCCCAAACUCAGCGGCCUUGAGACCCAGGUCUGAGAGCGGGAGACGAGGGACAGAAUGGAGGGAAGGGGAAGGAGGAAACCAGCAUUGGGCCAGCCAUAGUUUUGUGAAGGAGAAAUGAAAGGAAAAUGGGGUGAAACCAGAAACCUACAACUCAGUGGAUGAAACCAGAGCUGGUGCCAAUAGAGGAAUGGUCAAGAGCAACAAUACACAGACAACACUGAACAGAUUCAGCAGACUGUUAUUGAACGGGACUUAGUCAUGGAUCUAUCCAUGUUGUCUUUCUAACAGACGAUGGUUGGAAAGAUAUAAAAAUAUGAACACUGCAAAGUUGUAUGCUUUAAUUAAGACACAAAACUGCACGAAGAUAUUGUUCUUACAGUGCCCUCCUUGUUUGUGGAAUAUUUAUCCUGAACAUGUUUACUAUUGCAUAUAUAGAAGUACAGAGUAUUUAUUUUAUUGAUAUGUUUUGUCAUUUAUUUUGCAAUGUUUAUGUCAAUGCUUAUAUUUUAACUUAAAGAAUAUACAUUCUAUACAUGUAUGUGUUAAAAUGUAUCAUUACUGAGAAGGAAGUCAAGGGAAAAGAGGGAAUAUAGAAAAUACUCAUGAUCAUUUCCUGUAAUUGUGAAACAUUCAGUAGUAAUUAAAAUCUGACUUGAAAGAUAAGAUAAAUUAUUAUUUUUAUAAGAUAGAAAGGCAGCAGAGAGACAAUCCUUGUCAACAUGUCUUCAUUUCAUUCAUGGCCUAGAUAAUUAUUGUAGAAAAAACAGUUUAUUGAUUUAUAUUGAACUUAAAUUAAAUCCAGUGAUUGCCAAACCAAGGACUUUGAGGUCCAUAGCCAAACUAUUAGGUUGUGAAUGAAAAUAUAAUGCAAUGUUCAACUAUCCUAGUCUUUAGAUAAUAUCCAGGCCUUUAUCUGCCUUGUCUGUCUGCCUGUUUAUCUGCUAAUCUAUCUUUAUCUAUCAACCCAUCCUAGUCUUGAGUUACAGUAAUUAGUUCUUCCUGAUCCGUUUAUUCCCUCAAGCUGUAUUCAGCUAUACCAUGUUACUGUGUAUACCAUGUUAUACCAUGUUACUGUGUAUACUAUGUUAUACCAUGUUACUGUGUAUACCAUGUUAUACCAUGCUACUGUGUUUACCAUGUUAUACCAUGUUACUGUGUAUACCAUGUUAUACCAUGCUACUGUGUAUACCAUGUUAUACCAUGCUACUGUGUAUACCAUGUUACUGUGUAUACCAUGUUAUACCAUGCUACUGUGUAUACCAUGUUAUACCAUGCUACUGUGUAUACCAUGUUAUACCAUGCUACUGUGUAUACCAUGUUAUACCAUGCUACUGUGUAUACCAUGUUAUACCCUGUUACUGUGUAUACCAUGUUAUACCAUGUUACUGUGUAUACCAUGUUAUACCAUGUUACUGUGUAUACCAUGUUAUACCAUGUUACUGUGUAUACCAUGUUAUACCAUGUUACUGUGUAUACCAUGUUAUACCAUGUUACUGUGUAUACCAUGCUCAGGAUAACAGAAAUUAGCAAUCCUUUGUAGCAGACAGAAUGAUGCCUCUCUUAAUCUUAUCUUCUGACAUGAUGUCGUAUCCCUUCUUUAGCCCUCCAGUGUCUGCUUUGUGCACCCAUCUGCCUCUGUAGAGUUUGAAUCUCUUUUACUACAAUACUAUGCAUUAUUAUUUUAGAAAUAUGGAUUUGAUCCGCGAAAACGAUAACAAAGCUUUAUCAUUGAGUUCACUGUGAAACACACACUUCCUGCAUUUUGUUUAGUUCUCAGCCUUGGUCCUUAAGGUUAAACCCAUCCAACUUGUAUUUAAUAGUGUGGGUUGUCAGUCGCCCCUUGAGCUCCUGUCUGUCAGUCUGUGCCUUGGUUCCUUUUCACUAGUUUUACAUUUACUGAUCCUUAUUGCACAAUUUAUACUGUGAUGCCCAGCAAGGUAUGAUCUAUUACAGUCCUGCUAUGUAUCAAAUUUUGAUAUAAACUGAACAAAAAUAUAAAUGCAACAUGCAACAAUUCCAUUUGAUUUUACUGAGUUACAGUUCA